AUGUCGAACACCGAAGUCGCAGAUCCUCCAAGCAUUGUUCGCAUCAACGCCCGGGAUGCCGACAUAGACUACAUCCUGAAAGUUCUCGACCGCGACGGGGGCAUCAUCAUCGAGAAUUUCAUCGAUCCGAGUGCUGCCGCCCAGAUUCGGGCGGAUCUCAAGCCAUACUUUGAAUCCGACACGGGCGAUGUCUCUGGGUUCUUCCCCAAAACCACCCGCCGAGCCAUUGGGUUGCUUGGGAUUUCCGACGCGUGCGUCGACCUGGCUCUGAAUCCCAUUCUCACCGAGGUUGCGUCACGACUGUUGACGUCGACGUAUGAAUACUGGGUCGGGCAAGAACGCCACACGGCCGUGUCCAAACCGCAAAUUUCGAGCACGGUGGGAUUCCAAGUCAACCCGGGCGGCAAGCAACAGGGCCUCCACCGUGACGAGAUCGACUACCACACCGCCCCCGGAGCGACACCGAUGAUGCUCGGGGCCGUCACGGCGGUGGUCAAGACGACCAAGGCGAACGGCGCGACCAUUGCGAUUCCUGGAUCUCACAAGUGGGGAGACGAGCGGACGCCAUUCGACCACGAGGCUGUGCCGGCAGAGCUCAAUCCGGGGGACACGUUUCUUUUCCUGGGAGGCACUUACCAUGCUGGAGGCGCCAACUCGACGACGGACGAGGCUCGCGAGACGGUGGGCAUCUUUUUGUGCAAGGGCAUGUAUCGGCAGGUGGAGAACCAAUAUUUCAUGGUGCCGCCUGAAAAGGCCAAAAGGCUGUCGCCCAAGGCGCAGCGGUUGCUUGGAUAUGCCAUCAGCCCGCCGUUCUGCGGCUUUGUCAAUUACAAGGAUCCCAUGGAGGAGAUCUUUGGAGUGAACGACGCCGAAACCAUCAAGAUAUAG